AUGUGUAAUUCAUGUCAUUUACAAACCGAUAUUAAAUUAUUUCAUUGUUCACAUAAAGGAUUAACAACAUUACCUGGAUUUAUAAAUGAAAAUACAAUUGAAUUAGAUUUAUCAUAUAAUUAUAUUGAAAUAUUACAUGAAGAUAGUUUUACACGUUUACAAAAUAUACGUAAAUUAAUUUUAGCUCAUAAUAGAAUAUAUAAAAUUACUGAACGUGCAUUUCUACCGAUUGUUAAUACAUUAAUUUGGUUAGAUUUAAGAUUUAAUCAAUUAACAUCAAAUUUUCAUAAUCCAUUCCCGGUGUUAGCAUUUUCUCAACUUAUUCAUGUUCGUUAUUUAGAUUUAAGUGGUAAUGAAUUGAGUUAUUUACCAGCAAGAUUUUUAUAUGGUAUGGGUAUGAGUUUAAAUCGAUUAGAAAUGAGUUUAUUAUCAAAUAAAAUUUAUACAGAACCAGAUACAUUUAAUGGUUUAAAUCGAUUACAUCAUUUAAAUCUUGCUCAUAAUAUAUUUGCUAAUCUUAUGGAAGAUGCAUUGCAUGGUCUAAGACCAGAACAUUUUUCUUAUUUAAAUUUAGAAGGUGUAAAAUGGAUAUGUGAUUGCCAAAUAUUAUGGUUUCGUCAAUGGUUAAAUCGAUUACCAAAAAAAGCUUUAUAUGUUAAUUCAAAACCGGGUGGAGAAUGUGAUUCACCAUUACAAUAUCAAAAUGUGGCAUUAAUGUAUUUAAAUUUAACCUCAUUACAAUGUGAACCGGAAUUAAUGCAUACUGUACCAUCUCAUCAUGGUGAUAAAAAUGAUAAAAAUAACGUGAAAAUGAAUCUUACUGAUCAUGUUACCACACCAAUUCAUGUAUAUGGUAUACAAGGCGAAAAUUUGACGUUAGUUUGUUCAUUUAUUAGUGAACCAAAAAUGCAUAUUCAAUGGUUUUACAAUGGGAUAUUAAUACAGCCACAUUGGUCACAUGUUAUUCAAACUGUUAGUCCUGGAAUAAAAUUUACGACUACAUUAUUUUUUAAACAAUUAGAUAAAACUAUGGAUGAAGGUUAUUACAAAUGUCAAGCUAGUAAUUAUAAAGGUCAGGCUUCAGCUACAUUCUAUGUUCAUGUACAAAAAUCAAAUGAAAAAAGUAAUCAGUUACAAUUAUUUAACGAAAAUUUAAACAAUGAAGUAGAUUAUACUUUUUUAUUUAAUCCGAUUAUAAUUACAAUCUUUAUCGUAGUAUUUAAUGUUACAUUUAUAAUAAUUGGUUUAUUUAUAGUAAGAUGCAUAUACAAUAAACGAUUAUCGCAUCAAAAUCAUAAAAUAACAUUGUCUAAUGAAGGAUUGAAAACGAAUAUUGAACCACAUAAUGUAAGUUAUGAGAAGUUGAUAACUUCAAAUUGUGGUCCGAAUAAUAAUAACAAUAAUAUUCAGCCUUUUACACAGAUUAAUGUCAAUCCUCUCAAUAGUAAUCAAAAUCACAAAAUAUGCACUGAUUUUAUUUCCAUAUCUUCCAAAUUACACAAUGAAGAUUUGAGUAAUGUACAGGAAAUCGAUAGUAUUCAACAGAUAGACAAUCGAUUAAAUGAUGGAAAUAAACGUUACCCAGGUGAUUUAUUAAAUAAUAACAAUAAAAGUAUAUUACAAACAAAAUUAUUAAAUCAUUCAAUGAAACAAGAAACACCUUCACCACAAAGUAGUGAUAUGGGUUACUUAACAUCAAAUGCAUCUCAAAAUUGUGAAAGUCCAAUUGAUUUAAAUCCAAAUCAUAAUGAAUAUAACUCUUCAAUAAAACAAUUAAAACCUAGAGUUUAUUAUACAUUAAGUGUAAGAUCUGGAAAUCAUUCCCCUGAAUUAAUUUAUUCUUUAAAUAAUACAAAUGAAAAACAUCAUUUAACAUGUUCAGUGGAUCAAGAUUGUUCAUUAUCUGAUAGCUCAUUAUCACCAAAACAAAUAUCUUGUUCUCUUGAAUCAUAUUCAUUUCAUCAACAUUCUGGCAAGCAUCAAAAUAAUACAAACGUUUGUCAUGAUAAGACAUUAGAUCAAACUUCCUGUCCAAUACAUGGAUUAAUAAAUAAGAAUGAUAAUGAUUUCAAUUCAAGUUAUUUAAUACAAAAUCAUAGUAAUUCUGAUUGUCCAAUACACGGAAGUAACUCUUUUACAAAUUUAGACAAAUCUUCCCAUAAAAAUUUUUAAAAAAAAGACUAAAUAAAUAUAAACAAUAUCCCAAUAAAUCUUUUAGUCUAAAUUUAAAUUAUUCAAAUAGGACUUUACUAGAAUCAAAGAAGAUGAAUCCUUUAGAUAAAACUUAUAAUAACACUGAAAAUUUACAAUAACAUAAUAUAAUUAUCUGUACAUAGUCAAACAAUUUCGAUUCAUCAAUCAAUAGAAUGAGUACCAUCAUAUCAGAUUGAAAGUCAAACGUUUCAUUGAAACAGUGUACACUUAUUGACUAACAUCAAUUUACAAAGGAAAUAUAUAUCUAAUUUUAUACUUUUUAAAGAAGAUUCAAUUUGUUAUUGAA